AUCAUUAAGUUGUUGUCUUUAUACCCAGCAUCUCCUUUCCUAAAUUUAGAUGUAAAGUCUGCCUCCCCCUUCAUCUCAGACACACUUCCCAUUAGAAUGGAGAGAGCUUGCAAUCAGAGACAGUGUGUAACCAAACCCAGCACAGGCAGGUAAGGGGAGCCGCAGUUAGGCAAGUACCCCAAAGGCAGAAGGAGUGCUCUGGUUACCCGGCGCUGUGGAAGCAUACAUGAGCAUUGUCUCUACUCACUUCUAUUUAUGUGCAGGAGAAAGAGGUGAAGAGCAGAGCUCCAAAUGAGGUGAAGAAAAAGAGAAAGGCAGGAUUAGAUACCUUGCAGGUUAGAGAAAGGCAGAGAGGGAAAAGAAGAGGAUGGGAAGAAAAAUCGUCAGGGAGCGGCUUAAGAUUACAAAGGAGAGCAUCAUUCAUAGCUGGCUUGAGUUGUGAUAGACAGCUUAUGCUUUUAGACGAUUGAAGCGGUCCUCCAGUUUUUUAGGGCCUCUGAGGAUGUUCUCCAUCCCUGCUUAAACUUGCUUUUCACAAUCUAGAAGUCUGAGCUACACAGAAAGGUAAAGCACAGUGUAAAGCUAGUUGAUAUGAUUGAUCCAAACAUAGUAUAGGCAAAGAAGCCAAAGGGGGGAACAGCAACACCCAAGAGAAGUCAAGUCUUGGGGAACCAAAUGAUUGAGCCUUCGGGGUAAAUAACAAGUCAUGCAAGAGCAGGGGUGAAGCUGUUCAGCUGGAGAGACGAGGGAAAGAGGGAUAUAGGCUUCACAAGGCGAGCUAAGCAGUCCAGAGCAAAAUUAGUCCACAGAGAAAGAGGGGGCUGACACUGGACAGAAGAGAGAUCAAGGCUGACUCAAGGCUCUGCUGCCUCUAACCUGAUUAGGGAGAACAGGAGCGGUGGAGGAGCUGAGUUCGGAGACCCGAUCAGCAGAAAGUACAAGCCAGCAAGAAAAGAAGAAAAAGGAGAAGGAAUUACAAGAGGGAGCCUGACGAAAGAAGCCUCUUAAAUCUGGGAGCUGGAAUUGGAGCCGCAGGAACUGCAGAGGGGAAGCCACAAAACCGCAGUGAAGAUGCCUGCUAACGGAAACCAUCCCUUGAAGUUACAGUUUGGUCUUAUCAAUCAUGAGGGUCGUUACCUCACUGCAGAAAACUUUGGUUUCAAGCUGAAUGCAUCAGCUCCAAGCCUAAAGAAGAAGCAGAUCUGGACUCUAGAGCAAGACUCCCAGGAGACCCAAGUUGUGUAUUUACGCAGUCAUCUGGGACGCUACUUGGCUUCUGACAAGGAUGGCAAAGUCACCUGCGAGGCAGAUGGCCAUAACUCCGACUGCCGCUUCCUCAUCGUACCGCAGUCAGACGGCCGCUGGGCCCUCCAGUCUGAGCAAUACCUCCGCUUCUUCGGUGGCUCUCGGGACUACCUGUCUUGUUUCGCUCAGAUAAUCACAGAUGCUGAGCUUUGGGCAAUGCACCUGGCUCUGCAUCCGCAAGCCAACCUGCUGUCUGUCGCCCGUAAGCGCUACGCCCACCUCUCUACGGAGGAUGGGGAAAUCGCCGUGGACAGGAACAUUCCAUGGGGUGUCGAGGCACUCCUGACUCUCGUCUACCAGGACGGGAAGUACUGCUUAAAGACCUGCGACAGCCGCUUCCUCAGCAGUGAUGGAAAGCUGCUGACAGAGAAUGGGAGGGCCACAGCCUACACACUGGAGCUGAAGUGUGGGAAGCUUGCCUUUAAAGACUGUGAGGGAAAGUAUUUGUCUCCCAUGGGCCCCACAGGGACUCUGAGGUCAGGACGAUGCUCCAAGCCAGGCAAAGAUGAACUGUUUGACUUGGAGGAGAGCCACCCACAAGUGGUUUUGAUAGCAGCUAAUGGCCGUUAUGUCUCCAACAGACAAGGAGUAAGCUUGGCCGCUAAUCAAGAAGACGAAACUGACACGGAGACGUUUCAGAUGGAGAUCGACAGGGACACCAAGAUGUGCACCUUCCGCACCAGCCAAGGUUUCUACUGGGCCCUGGUGGCUCACGGCGGCGUCCAGAGCACCGCCACACAAGUAUCUGCAAACACCAUGUUUUCAGUGGAAUGGCUCAGCCACAAGGUGGCGAUAAAAGCAAGUAAUGGCAAAUACAUCUGCACCAAGAAGAAUGGCCAGUUACUGGCAGUCAGUGACACCAUAGGUGAGGAUGAGCAGCUCACUCUGAAACUGAUCAACCGGCCCAUGCUGAUCCUGAGAGGGGACAACGGCUUCAUCUGCCACCACAGGAACUCCAACACCCUGGACGCCAGCAGAUCAGUCUACGACAUCUUCACCCUGCAGUACAGCAGUGGAGCCUAUCACAUUAAAGGUGUGGAUGGGCGGUUCUGGUAUGUGAACAGCGGCGGGCUGGUGUGUGCAGACGGCGAGGCUCCGGAGGAUUUCACCCUGGAGCUCCUGGAGCGCGGCCGCCUCGCCAUCAGAGGGAAAAACGGAAAAUACCUACGCGGAGACCAGGGAGGGACGCUGAAGGGAGACGGACUGAGCCUCAGCAGCUCGGCUCUGUGGGAGUUCUAGAGCGAACCAAUAUGAGACCCAACUGUUCUGCCAGGCUCGGAGAUUCACUGAGGAGAGAAGUCUCUAAAGUUUCCUGGUGCUGAAGAAGGGAUGGAUGUUCAGCUGAAGAAGAGCUGGAGGAAAGACCAUGCAGUAUGAUCAGCCAACAGAAGUAUUUUCAAGAUCUGUAGCCUCAAAAUUAGCCUGAAUAAACAUUAGUCUGGUGAUUUUCUUUUAGAUUGUUUUCCAGUAGAUACUUGAUGCAAGAAGAAAUUCAUGUCUGAAACUGUAGAAAUAAAGGCAUUCAGUCAUAAGUUGAAAUUUUCUCUUGUUUGCCUUCACUUAAUGCUAUUAAAAUCAGGUGCUGACAGAUGUAGAAGUUAAUCAUGGGUACAAAAUAAAUAAACUAAUUUAGGGAUUAAGUGAUGUAUUUCAGGCUGGUAUGAUCAUAACAAACUCCAAUGUUUUUUUUUUUCAGAAAAGGAAUCUAUGAAUGCAAGAGCUUCUGUAAUUUCAAGUUUCAAAAAAUUGCUGAGAAAGCCCACUUAUUGUAUCCAACAGCAAGCUUCCAGGAGAACUUUGAAUAUUUGAUCACCCUACUUAGUGGAAAUGGUAGUUCACAUUUAAAUCGGUUUGCUUCCUGGCAAAGAACCAGCUUUUAAAUCCAGUUCAUCCAUUUUUGAUAAGGCUGAGGUUUGGGCCAUAUUAAUAACCUGCUGUCCAUUCCACAUGCAUUUAUAGGCUUUUAUUUCACAGUGAAGUUAAAUAAUUUUGAGUGAUCCUCCUUUAUCAUACCACCCAAAUUCUGAUCUGAUUACAGAAAGUCCAGGACAAAUUUACGAUUGUGGAGUUUAAAAUGUAUCACUGGCCAAGUUUCCAUUACAAAUGCUCGCAAAACUUUGUCAAUAGUCCACUAAUAUAAAAAAAACACAAUUUUGCUAUUUUCGUUUCCAUUGUAUAUGAAACGUAAUUCAAAUCAGACGUGAUUAUCCUCCUGCCACUUCCUGUCUUCUUCUUUGUGGUUUGCGCCAGUGGUAACCAUAGUAACAUUUGGUUGUGUGUCAUGUGACUUGUGUGACGCGAUAAAAAGUGUCUCCAUUUAAGUUUGGCGAAAUAAAUCAAUUCAAUGCGGCCAAAAGAAAACCCAACCUCAUCCUGUCGCCAAAGCGUUUUAAUCAAAUUUAUGUUUGAAAUGUCAAAUUACGCAACCUCACUGAGACACAGAGCGAUUCACUUUCAACAGAUAACCAGGUUCUAUUCAUGUUCUCCUUUUGCUGCUCAGCUAACCUGGAAGCUUCAUGUUUCUGUUCUCAACACAUUUAUGGUGUAGACCAGUCAGCGAUCAGAACCAAACCUUCCCUCAGAAGAAGAAUCAUCUCAUCUGGAUGACUGUAGUCUCCAGUUCCAAGAGACUACAGAUCAAUCAACCACAUGUAAAUUAGACGGGAUUUAUUCCUUUCUCUUCACAAUAUAGAACAAAGAAAGAGAGUUUGAUCACCAAGUCCCACCAAGGCUGACGUUUAAAACUUAACAACAAAAGCAAUUCAAACUAGACUGUAAAUAAGCCAUGCUAAAAACCAUGAAAGUGGAGUUCAUAAAAAUGUAUUUAAUGUAGAUUGCUUUACAAAACCACUCUGUGCUUUUCCCCGUUUUUUUUUUUUUUUUUUUUUUUUUUUUUGCUUUAGUUUAUAUGAAACCCCAACAGAAAGUAAGACAUAACUGAAGAGGAAGGAAAAAUAAGCAUUGGCUUUUUAUGUUUUGUUUUUACCAAAUCUUCUGUGGCAUUCAGAUUCAGUUUCCUUUACUCUGAUACCCCUAAAUAAAAUCAGUGGAAGAGGAAAACCUGCUGAAGGCUGCAGAGGAGACGAGACUUGGGUGGAGGUUCAGCUUCCAAUAGGCCGACCAGACAUUCACUCAGAGACGGAACGAUCAAAGCACGUUCAGGUGUUGGAAUGGUCUAGUCAACGACCAGACUUAAAUUAAUUUGCCAAGACUUGGAAAUCUGACUUUCUAGCAAAAAAAAGGAGAAAAGUUUCCAUCUCUAGGUGUAAAAAGCUGGUAGAAAAAUACAAAGGCACACCACACUUUUCAGUCUUUUCUUAUUAAUAAUAAUAAUAAUAAUAAUAAUAA